UUUUUAAUAGAGGACUCUGGUUUUCUCAUUGCCCUUCGGCGAUUACAAAGUUUUCCCAACAGACACGAACCACCACGGGCCAAAGCACCCACCUUCGAUUUCAUCGAAAACCUCUUCCCUCUCCCCUCCUCUAUUUCUUACUCCCCCCGUCGCAGGCCGACCCAGGCGCCUUCUCCAUACACCAUCUCUCUCUCUCUCGGACAUUGUUCUCUCCGGCUCUAACCUCGGCGAUCCCACAGGAAAUUUUGCUCGAUUUGUCGUGGGUUUGAUUUGCCGGGGAUAUGGCCGCGACCGCGACUCCUGGGACGCACAUGGCUGCGCUGAAGCCGGGCGUCGCUCUACGUAGAUCAGCAGCAGUCAGGCCGUGCGUAGCUUUUUUGGGUGCGGAGCAGAGAGAAGCGUGUUGGGCGAAGCUCGCGAGCUCUUCUCACAUCUCCUCCAGGGACUUGUUCUCGCAGAAACACGCGUCCAAGGUGGUAACCUUCAGGAAUGUCGUCACUAGAGCUAUGUCCAGUGCAAAUGAAAGCACCCCUUUGCCCGGGUUGCCUGUUGACUUGAGAGGCAAGAGAGCUUUUAUUGCUGGUGUUGCCGAUGACAAUGGAUAUGGUUGGGCAAUAGCGAAAUCUCUUGCCGCUGCUGGUGCCGAAAUUCUUGUUGGUACAUGGGUUCCGGCACUAAAUAUUUUCGAGAGCAGCCUAAGGCGCGGGAAAUUUGAUGAAUCACGAGCAUUGCCAGAUGGUUCCUUAAUGAAAAUCACCAAAGUUUAUCCACUGGAUGCUGUUUUUGACAAUCCUGAGGAUGUUCCUGAAGAUAUUAAGGCAAAUAAGCGCUAUGCAGGUUCUGCAAAAUGGACUGUCCAGGAAGUUGCUGAAUCUGUCAAGCAGGAUUUUGGAAGUAUUGACAUCCUUGUGCACUCACUUGCGAAUGGGCCAGAGGUCAGUAAACCUCUGCUGGAAACAUCAAGACAUGGUUAUCUUGCUGCUAUUUCUGCAUCAAGCUAUUCUUUUGUAUCUUUGCUCAAGCACUUUGUUCCAAUUAUGAAUCCAGGUGGUGCUUCCAUCUCUUUGACAUACAUUGCAUCUGAGAGGAUCAUUCCUGGGUAUGGAGGAGGGAUGAGUUCAGCAAAAGCUGCUCUAGAGAGUGACACACGAGUGCUGGCAUUUGAAGCCGGGAGAAAACAUAAAGUAAGAGUGAACACAAUAUCUGCAGGUCCAUUGAGAAGUCGUGCUGCAAAAGCAAUUGGCUUUAUUGACAUGAUGAUCGACUACUCUCUGGAAAAUGCACCCUUGCAGAAAGAACUAUCAGCUGAGGAGGUUGGAAAUGCUGCUGCAUUCCUGGCAUCGCCUUUGGCGUCUGCCAUCACCGGCACUGUCCUAUAUGUCGAUAAUGGUCUCAACGCAAUGGGCGUCGGAGUUGACAGCCCAAUAUUUGAGAAUCUUGAUAUUCCAAGAUCUAAGUAAGGCCGGUGUUUGAAACGUGCAUUGUUUGGUGGGUUCUGCAGAAAAUUUUGGAGUAGCAAAAAUAAGUGCUUCUAGUUCAUUUUCCUUUCAUGCUGUCCCCUCCUGCGGCUCCAAUUCUGGCACCAGUUCUCCAGAACAGGAUUAUCUGCCUGUUUCGCUUGGUUCAUUCUGUUGUGGUUGGUUUUAACAUGCUAAAACCAAGAAAAUAUCAUUUGAGAGAGAAUGUUUUAAGACCCUUUUCUUCGGACAUGUAUCAUUGCAACCUUUGGCUCUUUCUUUUGGAAUGGAGUCAUCCAUUUGUCUCA